CGAGGCUACAGGGGUAGCGUAUCUCGGGUUGAAUGCGCUGGAAGCGGGAAGCGGCCAGGGGCGCCUGAGGGGAGUGACCUUCAGAAAGGAAGCACCGCCCCCGGAGCGCCCCUAAUUGACUUUCAAAUCUCUGCUUUUCACUUGGUGGGCGGAGUCUCCAGCCUCAUGAGGUCCUGGCUGGAGUUCGCAGGCUGUUUGGGGAAGUGAAAUUUGCCUAGGGACCGGCCCGGCCCAGCUCGUGACCUGGUGCCCCGCGGUCCCAACGCAGAUUCCUCGACCCGAACAAUCGCCAUGACCACGCUGACCUCGCUGCUUUUGGCCGCGCUGCUGUGGGUCCCUGUAAGGACCCUGACCUGCUACGGGGACUCGGGGCAGCCUGUGGACUGGUUCGUCGUCUACAAGCUGCCAGCCGAGAGCGGGCCCGGGGAUGCGGCGCAGAGCGGUCUGCGAUACAAGUACAUGGAUAAGGACUCCGGGGGCUGGCGCGAUGGCGCGGGGCCCAUCAACAGUUCGGCGGGGGCCGUGGGCCGCAGCCUCCUGCCGCUGUACCGGAACACCAGCCAGCUCGCCUUCUUGCUCUACAACGACCAGCCACCUAACUCCAGUAGGGCUCAGGACUUUUCCAGUCGGGGACACACGAAGGGUGUGCUGCUCCUGGACCAAGAAGGGGGCUUCUGGCUGGUCCACAGCGUUCCUCGCUUCCCUCCACCUGCCUUCUCUGCUGCAUACAGCUGGCCUCCCAACGCCCAAAUCUAUGGGCAGACCCUGCUUUGUGUGUCUUUUCCCCUCACCGAAUUCUCGAAGAUUGGCAGACAGCUGACCUACACCUACCCCCUAGUGUAUGACCACAAGCUAGAUGAGGCCUUCGCUCAGCAAGUCCCCAGCCUGGAGAAGGUGGUCAAUGGCCAGCAUGUUCUCCAAAGCCCCUGGAACAGCAGUGUAACACUCACAUCCAAGGCAGGGGACACCUUCCAGAGCUUUGCCAAAUUUGGAAAAUUUGGAGAUGACCUGUACUCUGGCUGGUUGGCAGAAGCCCUUGGCAGUGACCUGCAGGUCCAAUUCUGGCAAAACUCUCAUGGCAUCCUACCCUCCAACUGCUCCAGGGCCCAGCAUGUGCUGGAUGUGACUCGGAUAGCCUUCCCUGGGCCAGCUGGGCCAACCUUCAGUGCCACAGAAGACCACUCCAAGUGGUGUGUAACCCCAGAGGGGCCCUGGGCCUGUGUGGGUGACAUGAAUCGGAACAUCAGAGAGGAGCACCGGGGUGGGGGCACACUGUGUGCCCGGCUGCCGGCCCUCUGGAAGGCCUUCCAGCCUCUGGUGAAGGCCUGGAAGCCCUGCAGAGAGAACAGAGCCUUCUUUCCAGGAAGCCCAGUAGCGCAUGUAAGAGCUAAGGCUCAGGAGCCAGUUGGGACCUGAGUCUGAACCCCAGUUCAAUGCCUUCCUAACUGUGUGACCUUAAUUAUGUGCCUUAACCUCUGACUCAGUCUACUCAUCUGCAAGAUGGGAGUCACAAUACCUGACUCAGGACUGUUGAGAAAUAAAAAGAAGUUGGCGGA